UCCUAUGCCUCGCUCGCCCUGCUCGACUACUUCUCGCCUCGAGACCGCCUCGAGCGCGCGCCCAAGUUCGACCGCGAGCGGUGGAAGCAGAUCUGUCGAGAAGAGCUCGCCAAGGAAGCUGUCGCCGAUGCUGCUCUCGUGGACGAGGACGGGGACGAGCACGACGGCUGCAUUGCAAAGCUGGACAUGUAG